AUGAGCAUCGAUCCAGCUUCUCGCUUGCGCAAGUUCAGGUAUUCUGACACCAAGAAAGUCUCGAAACCAAAGCCGGUGAAGCACAUCAAGUCGAAGAAGACCCGUACUGUGGCCAACUAUGAGGGUUUGAAUGAUCUAAAUCCAUCGGUUCAACCAGAUUUACAAGUGCUUUUUGUUGGGUUCAAUCCUGGGGUAGAGUCCUCCAGAACACAACAUCACUAUGCCCACCACACGAAUUUGUUUUGGAAGCUUUUCAACCAAUCCCGGCUCUUGUUCUGGGUCUUGGAAAGAAAUGGUAAGACCAACAACAAGGACGACUUGUUGUUGAAUCAGUUGACUAUUAACGGAGAAUCUCACGCCACGGCUGUGAAUGAUUUCGAACUAAUUAAAUACAACAUCGGGUUCACAGACUUGGUAUUACGGUGUACAAAGUCGGCACAAGAACUAACUAUGCAAGAGAAACUCGACAAUGUUCCUCGACUUCUACGCGAAUGGAACCUUGCACAAGCCAAGAAGAUAGUCAUAAUUGGUAAAGGAAUAUGGGAAAUAAUCAUUAAGUAUAUACUGAGAAAGCAGGGCAUAAAAGUCCAGCGAUUUGAUUGGGGGGUUCAAAACAAUGCGUACACCCAGUGGGUGUGCUCCGAGGCAGGUAUUGAAUCUGAUAUCCACGUACUACCGAACACAUCAGGUUUGGUGACCAGCAUGAACUUUGCUCAGAAACUAGCCCUUUGGAAUGAGAUCAAGAACUGA